AUGGACACUGAUGACAGUCAUCGUUCAACCACCAUGAACUGGUUGAUGGCAUCGCUAUUUAAAUCAAAAAACCUUAAUACCACCAUUUUAAGGGACACGGGUGAUUUUGAAAGUAGCGAAUCUAAUUCAAGUACGACGGAAGAAGAUGAAUGCGCCACAGAGCGUAACACAAAAACAAAGUAUCUGAACACAACAUACUCAACAGAAUAUACCACAAAACAACACUUAAAACAGGUGACAACUUUGAGCACAGAAGAUGAGUGCUCUACUGAGUUUGCUACAGAAGAAACCCCCCACAGUCCUGAAAAGCAAACCACACCUAAUACAAAGCCCACAGGAGGUGAAAGAUGUUCAACAGACGCUUCAAUCGAUGAAACACCAGAAGUAUCCAUUAAAUCUACAAAAUCGACAGAAGAAGAGUGUUCAACAGAGUUUGACGGAGAAGGUAGUACUCAACCACCCCAAACAAAAAUAAACGAGGUGGAAACCUGCUCCAAUGAAAUCGGGCAACUGUCAUCAAGGGAUCUUGCAGAAGAAGAUUGCACAACCGAAUCCUCAAAUAAUGCAGCUACGACUAAGAACCUUGAUAAGACAACUUUGGAUGCAAAAACUCUACCACCAAAACAAAUAGAUGUAACAGUAGAAAAUACGUCUAAAAGACAAACAAAAAGCGAUACAUUGGAGAACGAAACUGAACAAGAGGAGUGUUCCACUGAAUUUGCGACAGACACAAAUUCUGGAUACACAGCUUCAACGUCUAUAAGACACGAAACUAACACACAAGAAUCUACGACUGGCCAAGAAGAGUGCUCCACGGAGAAGGACUUAACAGCGAAAGUAUCUAUUACGACAGAGCGACCGACUGAACUGGUUACCACGGUGGAGGCGGCGGAAAUGUCAACGACAAAAUAUGAAACAACCGGAACAAAAGGAGGUACUGCCGCCCAGACAACAAUCAAACUCCAUGAAAGUACAACGUGUGAAACCCAAGAGGAGUGUUCACACGAAAUAAACGCAGAAGAAACCACCACCACCACAAAUUCAAUUAGCACGCCGGUGAUAUUAGAAACUACAACUUUGGAAGAUCACCCAGUGGGAACUACUACAACACCGCAAAUAUUAACAACCAAUACUGUUACUUCCUCAGCAAACUGGGAAUCUUCAACCUAUACAAAAGAGAUUACCAAACAAAAAACAAUCACUACAUCUGAUUUUGUUACUACCACACAGUCGUCUCAAAAAGCUACAACUAAUGAUGAACAGGAGGAGUGUUCAACUGAAGUGGGAGAAGAAGACGUGUUAAGCACAAUUGACACGAAAAAGGAAACAACAUUUACGUCUAGCCAAACAGCUUCCACAAUGAGCACGAAAAGCACACGUGAUGAUUACAAAGUUACAACGCAUGCAUCACAAGAUACAUACACUACUACAACAAACGAAGAACAAGAAAUAUGCACAAUUGAAGAGACAGAAGCAGAAAAACUCACAACAACAGAAGAUAGCAAAACAACCACACACGCACUUGAGACUACCAGAGAACAAGCAAUUCAAACAACAAGAAAGCAACUUUUCACGGAAACAAUAAUACCCCAAAAAACAGAUCUGACAACACUCCAACAUAAUGAAACUACAAAGCAUGCAUAUGAAAUAACAACGGAAAGUACAGUUCCGACAACUAGACCAGCCACAAUGAAGCAGAAUAUAGAACUGACAACAUCUGAGGAGAUCACAAGUACAGCACUAACCUCCCACGCGAUUGAAACUACAAGUGAAAUUGAGCCCACAACGAGACGUGUGCUUCUCACCACUACGGUGGGAACUACAACAACGGAACCUGUAGGGAUCACAACGAAGGGAUCAAUUACCACACUUACAGCACACACAACAGAACAGACAACGCCCCUGGCAAAUAAAACUACAACAAGUGCAGAGACAACGACGAUACGUGAAGUUCCAACAGCCACACCAACGGGACCAACAACUAAAACUCCAGGCCUAACAACAGCAACACAAGGACCAACAACUGCCACGCCAGUUCCAACAACCGCAACACAAGGACCCACAACUAAAACUCCGUUGCUAGCAACCUCAACACAAGGAGCAACAACUGCAACUCCAGUUCUAACAACCGCAACACAAGGACCAACAACUACAAUGCCAGUUCCAACAACGUCCCUGGCAAACGAAACUACAAGUGCAGAGACGACGAUACGUGAAGUUCCAACAACUACUGCUGGAACUACAACAACAGAAAGUGUAGCGACAACCACGCAAGGAGCAGUUACCACAUCACCUUCACUAACAACAGAACAUACAACGUCCCUGGCAAAUGAAACUACAACACGUGCAGAGACAACGACGAUACGUGAAGUUCCAACAACUACUGCGGGAACUACAACAACAGAAAGUGUAGCGACAACCACGCAAGGAGCAGUUACCACAUCACCUUCACAAACAACAGAACAUACAACGUCCCUGGCAAAUGAAACUACAACAAGUGCAGAGACAACGACGAUAAGUGAAGUUCCAACAACUACUGCGGUAACUACAACAACAGAAAGUGUAGCCACAACCACGAAAGGAGCAGUUACAACAUCACCUUCACAAACAACAGAACAUACAACGUCCCUGGCAAAUGAAACUACAACACGUGCAGAGACGACGAUACGUGAAGUUCCAACAACUACUGCGGGAACUACAACAACAGAAAGUGUAGCGACAACCACGCAAGGAGCAGUUACCACAUCACCUUCACAAACAACAGAACAUACAACGUCCCUGGCAAAUGAAACUACAACACGUGCAGAGACAACGACGAUACGUGAAGUUCCAACAACUACUGCGGGAACUACAACAGAAAGUGUAGCGACAACCACGCAAGGAGCAGUUACCACAUCACCUUCACAAACAACAGAACAUACAACGUCCCUGGCAAAUGAAACUACAACUCGUGCAGAGACGACGAUACGUGAAGUUCCAACAACUACUGCGGGAACUACAACAACAGAAAGUGUAGCGACAACCACGCAAGGAGCAGUUACCACAUCACCUUCACAAACAACAGAACAUACAACGUCCCUGGCAAAUGAAACUACAACUCGUGCAGAGACGACGAUACGUGAAGUUCCAACAACUACUGCGGGAACUACAACAACAGAAAGUGUAGCGACAACCACGCAAGGAGCAGUUACCACAUCACCUUCACAAACAACAGAACAUACAACGUCCCUGGCAAAUGAAACUACAACACGUGCAGAGACAACGACGAUACGUGAAGUUCCAACAACUACUGCGGGAACUACAACAACAGAAAGUGUAGCGACAACCACGCAAGGAGCAGUUACCACAUCACCUUCACAAACAACAGAACAUACAACGUCCCUGGCAAAUGAAACUACAACACGUGCAGAGACAACGACGAUACGUGAAGUUCCAACAACUACUGCGGGAACUACAACAACAGAAAGUGUAGCGACAACCACGCAAGGAGCAGUUACCACAUCACCUUCACAAACAACAAAACAUACAACGUCCCUGGCAACAUGA